GCACCGCCCUUGGGCCGCCCCGCGCUCGCGGCUCCGCGCUGCUUCCUGUUCGGCGACACUGCGAGACGCUGCAGCCAUGGCGGCCACGGAGAUCGCUCGGCAAGCGGGAGAAGGUGCACGGUCCAUCCCCCUGUCCGGCCAUGUGGGCUUUGACAGCAUGCCUGACCAGCUGGUCAACAAGUCCGUCAAUCAUGGCUUCUGCUUCAACAUCCUCUGCGUGGGCGAGACGGGCCUGGGCAAGUCCACCCUGAUGGACACGCUCUUCAACACCAAGUUUGAGGGGGAGCCCACCCAGCACAAUCAGCCCGGCGUGCAGCUCAGGUCCAACACCUACGAGCUGCAGGAGAGCAACGUGCGUCUGAAGCUCACCAUGGUCAACACUGUGGGCUUCGGAGACCAGAUCAACAAGGAGGACAGCUACAAGCCCAUCGUGGAGUUCAUCGACACGCAGUUCGAGGCCUAUCUGCAGGAGGAGCUGAAGAUCAAGCGCACGCUCCACAGUUACCAUGACAGUCGCAUCCAUGCCUGCCUGUACUUCAUCGCCCCCACCGGCCACUCGCUCAAGUCCCUCGACCUGGUCACCAUGAAGAAGCUGGACAGCAAGGUUAACAUAAUUCCCAUCAUUGCCAAAUCGGACGCGAUCUCGAAGAGCGAGCUGACCAAGUUCAAGAUCAAGAUCACCAGCGAGCUGGUCAGCAACGGCGUGCAGAUCUACCAGUUCCCCACCGACGACGAGACCGUGGCCGAGAUCAACUCCACCAUGAACGGCCAUUUGCCGUUCGCGGUGGUUGGAAGCACGGAGGAAGUGAAGAUCGGGAACAAGAUGGUGAAGGCGCGCCAGUACCCCUGGGGGACGGUGCAGGUGGAGAACGAGAACCACUGCGACUUCGUGAAGCUGCGGGAGAUGCUGAUCCGCGUCAACAUGGAGGACCUGCGGGAGCAGACCCACACGCGCCAUUAUGAGCUGUACCGCCGCUGCAAGCUGGAGGAGAUGGGCUUCAAGGACACCGACCCCGACAGCAAGCCCUUCAGCCUGCAGGAGACCUACGAGGCCAAGCGGAACGAGUUCAUGGGCGAGCUGCAGAAGAAGGAGGAGGAGAUGCGCCAGAUGUUCGUCCAGAGGGUGAAGGAGAAAGAAGCGGAGCUCAAGGAAGCAGAGAAAGAGCUCCACGAGAAGUUCGACCGCCUGAAGAAGCUGCACCAGGAGGAGAAGAAGAAGCUGGAGGACAAGAAGAAGGUCUUGGACGACGAAGUGAACGCCUUCAAGCAGAGGAAGACCGCCACAGAGCUGCUGCAGUCCCAGGGGCAGCCAGGGGGCUCGCAGACUCUAAAGAGGGAGAAGGAGAGAAAAAACUUUCUGUGGUAAUGUUUCUGAACACCCCAGCUCCCCCCCUUCAGGGUGACGGAGGGGGUGUGACCGGGCUCUGGCUGGUCGGGGCACAGCUCUUUGAGACUGUCCGUCAGGCAGACCUGCUGCACACAGGGCCAGAGAUCAGCGCAGCCCUAGUCCUUGACUGGCUGCUUCUCCAAGGCUCGUGUUUGGGUUGUCUGAAAUUCUCUGGGCUGCUCUCCAACGGCAUACUGCUUUUCCCCACACUGUUAUUCUCUGAAUCAUUAAGAAUGUAUUGAUCACCCAUUUUGUCCUCAUUAAUCAUACCUAAGAUGUUUCAGCGAGCAGACGUCUGUAAAGCUAUGGAAGUGAACUUAAUAGAGUCAAAUAGAAAUAAAUUCAACUAAAAUGUUAACUGAUGCUUUUUGGAAAGAGUGGGUUCAAUGGGCUUAAAAGGAUUCUGAUUUUAAGUACAGUUCAAUUUGAAUCUUUUCCAUCCUAAUUAGUGAUCAAUGAUGAGUGGGUUGGAGUUGUAAUCGCUUACUGUGUGCAUGUUUCUCACUCCUGGCCUUUCGAAGAGUCUUGAGUUUUUUGUCUCUCACUUUGACCUUCAUUUUAUUUUGCUGAGGUGGUAUUUGUAGGACAUGACGUAAUGAAUAUUUGAUCCAUUUUUUUAACUCUGCUUUGAGGAUCUCAAAGGUUCCAAGUACUUUGUUAGGUCUUCAUUAAUAACAUUGGGUUUAAAAUAACUAAAAAAAAGUCUCUUUUUUUUUUAACGUUGAAGUCUGACUGUUUGAUUAGACUUUGAUUACAUGUGUUUAUUUGUGGCGGUAGUGCUUAAAAGAACCAUCUAUGGGGAAAGGUGAUUUGAAAUAUUUCUGCAAAAAAAAAAUAGAAAAAGAAAUUGGUGUUUUUAGCCAGGGUUUUUUUUAUUUUACAGUUCCUCAAGUCCAUCAAAGCAAAAAAAACAGUCACACUAUAAAAUGGAUCAUGGUGUGAAAGAUGGGCAUUUUAACUGGAUUGCUAUAUUGAAGCUGGGGAUGGGGGAGGUGUAAUUGAUCAGUAUGUCUUCAUUGAAUUAUGAUGGGGGUCUCACUCUCUUUCCCACAUUCCUCAGUCUUUUCAGGACUUGGGCAUUGUUGGGCUCUGAUCCAGGUUUCUGGAAUCACUGGUUGUUCAGGUUCCUGUCAGGCUGGUGUUCAUUGCUGUGUGUGUAUUUACUUUCCU